GAUUCCUCUCGCUCAGACCUCAGAUCCGAUCCAAAUCCCAGUGUCGCUGCCGUCACCGAUGGGAGCAGAGCCGGGCUUCUCGCCGCCGCAGCCGGAGCCGGAGAUCCCCGGCCACGACAACCGGAACUGGAAGGCGGACAUGAUGUCGGCGCUGGGGGAGUCGGUCUCCUUCGGGCGCUUCCUCACGGAGCCGCUCGAGUGGGGGAAGUGGUCUGCCUUCGCACACAACCGCUACCUCGAGGAAGCGGCCGUGCAGGCGCGCCCGGGCUCCGUCGCGCAGAAGAAGGCCUUCUUCGAGGCGCACUAUACCAGGAAGAAGAAGCGCAAGAGCGAAGACCACGGCUCCGCCGCUGGCGGCGACGGCAGCCUCGAGGCGGCGGCGGCGGUGGAGGAUGAGGAGGAGGACGGUGGUUCCGCUGCCUCGCGGCCGUCCUCGUCGGCGCAGUCCUCCUGCAUGACGGAUCAGGCACCGGCGCCCGGGGAGGAGGGUGGCGGUGGGGAGGCCGGCGUGGUGGAUUGUGGUGGCCCCCGUGCCCGUGAUGAGCCGGUGGAAGUGGCCGAGGAGCUCGCGGUCGCGGCCAUCACCUAUUCGGUUGGUCCUUCUUGCAGGAUGGAUGCACCCGUGGAUCGGUUGUGCCACAGGGAGGGCGGCAAUGAGCAAGUUGCUGGAGCAGUUUCGGAAUCGCCGGAGAAGAAAGAUCUGUGCUCGAGAAAUUUGGUUGUUGUUGAUGUCGUAGAGAAGCAACCGUUGAAGGAGAGCUCUAUUGUUAAUCAGGAUAUCACGGAUUCUGCCAAGAAAAGGAGGAUCCAGAUGUCAUCUCUGCUUCAGAAGCCGACCAGAUUCAGAUCUCCCCCUUCAGGAAAGAAAGGGCAGCCUUCAUCAGUGAAAAGACAGUCGCCUCUGCAUUCUGCAAAGGAGAACACCUCACCUCCUGGUACAGACAAUAACAUGCAUGGAGCAACUUCAGUCCCAGUCCCCCAAAAGAGGUCCACACUGGCAGCAUUGCACAUGCCUAAGAGUUUCACGAGAUGUGAAACAGAAAAUGCUGCCUCCGGCUCAAGAAAUCUUGGUACAAGAAUUGCCGAGAGGAUUAGACAGUUGGAGUCUGCAAGCAGACCUGUGGAAACUACUCAGCCUGAGGAAUUUGGGCCACAAAGAAAGACCCUUUCCACAGUUUUGCCAGAAGUAGCCAUAGGGACAUCUCAAGUGGCUGAACAAAGGUCCUCCCAUGUAAUGAGAAUCAAAGAAAAGCUAUUUCGUUCAACAUCACCAUUGGUGCAUCAGAAAGCUGCUACAACUAAGGAAAAAGAGAGGAAGUUCAACAAUGAACCUGAGUUUAAAGAAUCACGGCAGAGUUUUUGCUUCAAAGCCAGGCCACUGCCAAACUUCUGUCGAAGAAAUAAACAAGUAAAAGAUACUAAUCAGCAGACUGUCCAAGAGUUUCCAAAGUUUCGGGACAGCAACCAUUCAAUGACUGAUGGUAAUCAUGCACAGCAAAUGGGCAAAGGUGUAUCCAAGGAGAGACAAAUAUGUUGUUUCCCCAUCAGAAACCUGUAUUAGAUCUGUCCCGCUUUUCCUUAUCUUACUUAUUAGGUUUCCUGUAAAUAAUAGCUAAUUCUUUUCAUUCAUAUUGGUUGUGCCGUAUUAUUUGUUUAGGACAGCUAAUCCGUAGUGGUUAUCUUAUGUACCUACUUGGAGGAUGUCAGUCUCAAUCCAUCUAAUACUCGAGCUCGAGUUUGUGACUAUAACCUGAACUAUCAUUUUCUAGCUUGGAAAAUAAAUUAAAUCAAGUUUAGU